ACCCCAAAAAAACAAAAUAAAAACCUCGGGGUCUUCAUGAUUUAAAAGCCUUUAAGAGACAAAUAUACGGACGCUCUUUGUGUGGAAAGAAAAGGGGGAAAAAGUCAUAAUUAACUUCUAAUGUUGAUAUUACGAAAUCUUUUAUUUAUGUUAUAGGAAAUAUUCAAAUUUACAGCAAAGUUUUAUUUAAACGUUUUAGUCAGGCUUUACGUAAUUUUGUGAUUGUCGCUGUCACGCGAUGUAAUCCGCACAGGGUUAAAGCAUGCGUACAGCCUCAAAUAUGUACAUACACUCCUUCAAUAAGUGUUGGCAACAGACACAUGGUUGAAGGUUGGCUGUUCCAUCCAGACAGUGAUCCCAAACACACAUCAAAGCUGGUUUUGGAAUGGAUAAAGAAUGAUAGAAUUAAGCCUCUAGAAUGGCCAUCCCAAAGUCCUAACCUCAACCCUGAUGGAAAUUUGUGGGGUCUUUUUAAAAGUCAGGUCUAUGCCAGGAAACCAACCAGUUUAAAUAACCUCUACUAAUUCUGACAAGAAGACUGGGCAGAUAUCUAAUUAGAAUUAUGCCAGAAGCUUGUUGGCUAGCAAAAGUGCUAAGGGACAUUUAAUCAAAUAUUAGAAGGGCUAAUAUAUAUUUAUUUGAGCCUGUAUGUACGUUUUUGAACCUGCUUGGGUUAGAGAAAAUACAAAAUAAAUUUAAUCCUGUGCACCAAUUUUUUUUUAAAAGUUGUUAAAGAUGUACGCUGUACAAUCACUAUGGAAAAAGAACAGUUCAAAGAAAUCAUCAACAGUCCCAAAUUGCUGCCCAUGAUGAGUGUAUGCAAACUUCUGAUCACAACUGUUAACAUGAUCUGAGCCAGCUGUUGUCUCAGUGUGUAGAGAAACUGUUGGCCAUCCACAUGAGUGGUUAUCAGUGUUCAAUCACUACGACCAAGCCAAAGUGGCCUUUCUCUGAAGGUUAAUCUACUAUAAGACGGGGUUAAAAAUUAACUUUUUGAUGAAAGAUGUAGAAGAGCUCUUAAAUGUGAAUGUGGACUUUUGCAUUUAGGUGUGUCAAAUUCCAGGUAAAGUGUUAUUCAGCUCUUCUGCAAAGAUCAACAGAGUUAGUAACCUGAAGGGUGCAGAGAGACUCUUUCUUCUGUUGAAACAAGACUCGCCGCAAAGGCAGCCUCUGUGCUACAGUCCAGACUGUUGGAUGACAAGAAUCAGUGGACCAGUGCUGUAAUGACAUGGAGUCGACUGCAGGGGGAGCUGACAGGCAGCAAAAACACCAUCAAAACAUCAAGCCCUGCCCUGGGAGUGACAAGGAAGAGGGAGGAUGAGAUGAGAGGGAGUGACGAACAGAGCAGAGAGGGGGAGAAGAGCCUUGUAGAGUUUAGAAGUACAGGAGGGGAGAGGAAGGAGGAGAUUGACAAACAGAGAAGUGGUGGACAAAAUGGAGUAUCCACAAUGGCACAGAAGAGAAAGAGAGAUGAGGAGGAGGAGGAGAAGGAGAGGAAAGUGGCAGCUUGGGACACAGGCAUUGAGAAGACUGUAGAAAAGGGGAAGGCAUGUGAGGAAGAAAGGACGAGAGAGGAAGAAGCAGAGGGGAUGUUAGAGGAGUUUAUCGACUGUACACAUGGAGCAUACGUCAAUGGGGGAGGACCAGUUUGUGACCACACAGCAUCCAGGCUGGAGCACCGUGGAGCAAGUAGCAGCAGGAAGAUGGAUGACAUAGCAAAGGAUUUCACUGAAGAAAGUCAGGAAAAUGUGAAGACCACCGGAGAAAAAAAUCAGACACUGCUGACAACCUGUGAGGAUAAACCAGAGCUGCUUUCCUGUAUCCCGGUCUCCUUCAGGAUCAGCUGCAAAUGUUCUGGAUCUCUGUCACGAUGCUUGGGCGCACAGGAGGUGAGCAGAGUGAUUGGAGCAGGUCUGAGCAGACUGCUGGGCUGGAAGGCUGACUUGAAGAAUCCACAGUUGGAGAUAAAUGUCCAUUUGAGUGAUGACUACUGCCUGCUCGGGAUCCCACUGACCAGGUUGCCUCUUGCUAACCGGAGCUAUAUAAAAAUCACAGGACUAAGGUCUACAACAGCCUGGGCCAUGGCCUCACUGGCUCAUAUACAGCCAGGCUUCCGUGUGGUUGACCCAAUGUGUGGGGUGGGGACCAUCUUAAUAGAAGCUGCACAGGAGCAUAAGGAUGCCUGUUUCCUGGGUGUGGAUAUUGAUGAAGCACAGCUGCAGAAGGCCAGUGAGAACAUAGCAUUUGCUGAGUUGGAAAACAGAAUAAACCUGCUGAAAGCGUCGUCUCUGGUACUGCCUGUGCCCAGUGCCACUGUAGACGCUGUGAUCUGUGACCUGCCAUUUGGCAGGAAGUUUGGCUCCAGAAUAGACAUGGCUGCCAACUUGCCACUCAUCCUGACAGAGAUGGAGAGAGUUCUCCGUCCUGGUGGUAUCCUGGUGCUCCUCCUGAGUCCUCAGUUGUCCUGUCUACUCAAAAAACUUCUAAUACAAUAUGAUACUGGACCAACAUCUAACCCUGAAACAAAGCCUCAGACUGGGAUGCAAAACUGCCCAUCUUCUUCCAGAUCUCCUUCUAAGAAGCAGACUUUCCAAAUCCACUCUGGGGUCAAAUCCUCACCAAGCCAAGAAACCAAGCUUCAACACAGUCUGCCUUUCACUGUGUCCUCAUUGAAGCAUCAAGCAACUUUCAGAGUCAGCUUAGGAGCAAUAGAUGGACUUAUUCAUAAAUAUGUCAAAACAGACUGUUGUGUUUUCAGGGAUGUUAUGUUUUAAGGCACUUGGUUUGAUUUUCUUUGUUGCUAACAUGUAAAAAAAAAAGUGGCCAUGUUGAAAUACCACUGUGUUUUAACCGCUCUGUAACAUGUUUUGGUUUGCUUACAACUUUUUAAUUGUAAAUGAGAUUUCCAGGUAUUUAAAAUAUGUUUUGGAAGCAGCUGAGAAAUUAUUUUUGAAAGCUUACAAGUAAAGAAAUUUUGAUUUUCCAAUCCUC